CUGGGCGAGGGCAGGUGCGUGGAACCUGUGGAAGGAUGCCACGCACAUGCUCAAAAGGGAAAGUUUUCCUCCAACCCGCGGCGGUCGCUUGAGGAACUGAACCGGGCCUGCCGCCUAUUUCCUCAUUCAGGAAACAGAUCGUACUCAGCCGCUACGAGUAGCGGCCGUUGCGCUGCAAGUUUCUAUCUCCGCCACGAAUCAGCCUGGCUGUGCCGGCGUCGCCUCUAACUCCGCUCGGGGCCUCGCGGCGGCGGGCAGCACAGCCCCCAGCCCCGCCUGCCGCCACCGGGCCGGGGCGCAGCUCCCUCAGCUCCGCUGCCGCCCUGCGGAGCGGCCGCAGGUGCCCGCUCCGCUCCUCCUCGGCCGGGACAGGCACAGCUGAGUUUGCAGCCCGGAGGAGCAACCAGACCUCACCUCUCCUCUCCAAGACAUGGAGCCCUGACACAGGAGCCUUGGAGGGAAGCUCUUCCAUUUUCCCCUGCCCUGGGGCGAAGGGCAUUGAAAAGAUGGAGAACCAGAGGAGCUCUCUCCUGGGAUGCGUCCACUGGGAAGCAGAAGAGGAGGGGGACGAGGAAGAUGAAGUGGCUUCUGGUGCUUCUCCUGCCAGCCAAAUGAGCGAACUGGAGGACGUGCAGGUGGAGAUGCUUGAAAAGGCGAGGGAACUCUUCCAGCUCUGUGACAAGGAUGAGAAGGGCUUUAUCACCAAGUUGGACAUGCAGAGGCUUCAGAGUGAGCUCCCCCUAACCCUUGAGCAGCUGGAGACUGUUUUUGACAGCUUGGAGCAGAACAAUAAUGGAUACCUGACACCUGUGGAGUUCAGCAUGGGACUAGGAAAGUUAAUAGGAAUCGACUUGUGUCAAGGGGCUGGAAGGACAGAUCGCUCCAGUCACGAGGAGACGUUUGAGUCAGGUUGGUCAGAUGACAUGGACCCAGCAGACGAUGAAGAGAAACGAUUCUGCUCCAUGAUGGAGCAGCUUGGAGCAGCCCAGGUGUUUGAAGAUCCUAGCGAGGUUCGAGAUCUUUGGGCCCGGCUACGAAAGGAGCGUCCGGAGCUCUUAGCCAAUUUUGAGGAGUUUCUGCUGCGUGUUUCAUCAUACAUCAAGGAGGUGAAUCAUGAAAAGGAGUCUAUGGAGCAGGCAUUGAAGCGAAAGGAGACGGACCAUGACCGGGAAGUCAGGUGCCUUUAUGAAGAAAUGGAGCAACAGAUCAAAGCAGAAAGGGAGAGGCUAAUCUGCCAGGAAGCACUGAGACACAACAGGAGUAACCUGCUCCAAAAGGAACUGCGCAGCAAAGAGCAAGAGCUGGAGAAAAUCCUCUAUCGUCAGAAGAAGCUGGAACAUCAGCUACAGUCUCUGAACUCAGAGCAGCUGGAGACCCGUGUGCAGAAUGAAAGGCUCCGGCACCUGAAUGAAAACCUACUGGAGGAGCUGGAGAAAAGCAAAUGGGAGCUAGAGGCUGUCAAGGGACAACUGCAGAAGCUGCAGAAAGAGGCCCAGAAUGAGCAAGAGCAGAAGGACAGGGAUGUGUUCAGAGUCUCCAAAAACAUGCAGAAAGAGAAACAAAGCCUCCUUCGGCAGCUGGAGCUCCUCAGAGAGAUGAACAAGAAACUUCGAGAUGAGCGUGACACUUUAGAAGCCAAGAAGCCGGCACCUCAGAGCAAAAAGCCCCUCUUGAAGAAAGGGUCAGUGCUAGGCAAUUACCUGCUGGACGACAAGCCGGUCAAACGACAACUGGCCUCUGAUGGUGGACAACAUGUCACCUUCCCAAUGGAUACGGCAAUGGAAGAACCCAACAGGAAGAAUUGCAAAUACUUCUCAGGCAAUGGGAUGUGGUUGAAGAUGGGAGAAGGAAGCAGCACGAACUUUGGAGAGAAGAACAGAGACCAAGAGAAGUGGUCAGUGGGAGCUGAUGCUGAGAGGCUGAAGAUGGCUUUGAAGAGUGACACUGACUGUAGAAAAAAUGCAGACGGGUUGGACGGUGCUCCAUUAUCUCCUAGAGGACAGCCAGUUGGCACUGAAAGCAGGCUCCAGGUGCUGGAACCUGCCAGUUGUUCCCCCGAUCGUAUCUUCAAAGUUGUGUUUGUGGGGAACUCUGGUGUUGGUAAGAGUUCCUUCAUCCAUCGCUUCUGCUAUGACAGGUUCUUGGCUGAUCUCAAUGCAACUAUUGGUAUUGAUUACCAGGUGAAGAGUCUGAUGGUGGACAACACUCAAGUUGCUUUACAGCUGUGGGAUACAGCUGGACAAGAAAGGUUCCGGAGUAUCACCAAGCAGUAUUUCCGGAAGGCAGAUGGGAUUCUGGUGAUGUACGACAUUACGGCCGAGUGCUCCUUCAUGGCAGUGCGCAACUGGAUGAGCAGCGUCCAGGAGGGCAUUGAGGAUGGAGCUGUGGUUUUUCUGCUUGGAAAUAAAAUGGAUACAACAGGGAGAGAGACUCGGAGUGUACCCAAGGUGGAAGGGGAAAGGCUGGCGAAGGAAUACAAGGCUGUCUUCUAUGAGUGCAGUGCUAUGACUGGCUAUAACAUCAUGGAGCCCAUGCUGCACAUGGCCAGGUUGCUGACAGCACAAGAAGACAGGCAGAGGGAGAAUGCCCUGCAACUGGAAGAUGUCAGGAAGAAAGGGUGCUGCACAUAAGGAACAUCAGUAUGUCAGCAAGAGCCAAGUGUUGGCACCGUUUCAUGAAGCUGAAAUUCCUUCUGAGCAAGUUGAAUCUGAUGGUAUCAUGUCUGCAGAGAUUUAGGGAAUCUGCAUCUUUUCCCCAUCUGGGAAUUUCAAGGCACUAAAUCAGGGCAGAAUGUGCAUAUGAUCUGUACUGUUCCCUUUCCCACCUGCAUGUCCGGCCCUGGUCAUAGGAGGCCUCUGAUCUGUUGGGGAAAUUUGGCAGGCCUUAGCAAAUGGCACAAAAUGGGUCUUCUAUCCGGAGGCAUCAUUUCCAGGUAAAAUGAUGAAGUCUUGUUCCUCUAGUUUCUGGCAAAAUGGUGGUCUAGCAGCAGAGGGGAGGACAUGGUGGGUGAUGUGUUAAAUUAAUUAUUUUAGUGUAAGAAAUAAAGAGAUGAUUUUAAAUUUCGGCUAACUUUAGGUAGUGAAUCUUUCUCUGUCUAAGAGCAGGAUUUUCUUGGUUCUAUAACAGCGAAGCCCAGCUGACAGCAUGCUGUGGUAGAUAGGGAAGCCUUUGCCUAUUCUUCUAAGAUCCGGAUCAGGCUCUGCACUUGGUGGGAAAUCUGGUUUGACUGGCCAACAUUGUAGAUAACUGAUUCCAUAUGUGGAUAUAGCAUGAACUGCUAAAACCAUUCAUCCUACUGGCUUUCUUCACUGUUACCCUAAUGAACUUUGCCAUUCUCCUUGUACUGUUCACAGAACACAAAGCAGUUGCCCUGGGACUCACAGGCGACCGCUGUGCUGGUACGUGCUGCUGUUCCAUAACCUGUUGUGGGAGCUGUGCUUAUCUAUUGGGAGCCAUGUAAAACCUGUUCUAAGGCUCAAUGCUGCCUGUUUCCUCCCAUUCUUUUAUUUUUUUCCUGAAAGGUCUUCAGCAGUUAGGAGUGGACAUAUCCGCAGUACUGAAAUGUGCCCAGAUCCAACCCCGCUGGUCUGACAGCAGUGCUUGGAAAUGUACUUGGGCUGGAAGCACGAGGCGCCUGCCUCAGCUGCAAUGGUUACAUAGUGAAAUUUUUGCUUUCGCAGAGACCUUGUGCAAUAACCUCAAUUUCCUUAUGAAGGGCCUCAGCAAGAGAAGGGCUGCACCUAUUCCUGUUAGGAAGGAGCUUGUUUUCCACCAUGGAGUGGUGCAAAGCAGAAUGAGAAGAAAUGAUGGCUGAAGUAGGCACUGGACCCACAAGCAUAUCUCUCAGCUGCCUUGGCUCUGCGUGGCUGCUACUGUGCCUGGGUGUGAAGAGGCUUUCUUCCUCUGUUUUGUAAUUCAGUUGUUUUUAAAGCUUUGUGAGUUUCUCUUUGAGCCAUUUCUUUACAUGUCUUUGAAAUCUUGGGCACAACAUGUGAUACUGCAGCUAGGAAACAGUUCUCCAACCCUCAGCAUAGGCAAGGCCUGUAUUUAUCACCUCCUUCCUCUCAUGGGAUAAGGCAAUUACUCUGGCUCCAAAUAUCUGUUUGCUGCACAAAUUUCUCUGGGAAUAUUCCAUGCAGGAAAAGUGAUCUGAGUCACUUACUGCAUUACACAGUCUUUCCAUGGUUCCUCCCAAUGCCAUUUACUUCUAGUAGGAAAGAGGAAGCUUCUCUCCGGAAGAGCCAGGUUCCUGACUUAAAGGAAUAGCCAAAAGUACUAAAUGUCUGCUCAGUGCUUACUGCUGACUGUGGUUCUUGCUAUUGUAUAGCUGGUGAAUUUAACUGCACAAACUGACUGGGAAGCAGUACAUUAGAAGAGGUCCUGAAGAAAGUAGGGCUGCUGGUUUUGAGCUUAGGAUAACACCAGCAGCGCUUCCAGGGAAACAGCUAAUGUUUGCAAGAAAGGAUGUUUGGGAAGUGAAAUCUCUGUUCUUGGAAAACACAAACCGUUAGACUGCCCUAUACCAGAUGACUGCCCAAAUGCAGAUGUGAAUUUUGUGCAUUCUAACCAAGGUUACCAUGGAGGAGCACAGACAUUGGCACCUGCUAAGUCAGCAAAAUUCACUGGCUGACUUGGAGGAGCUGCUGUCAACGAUUCAUUUGCAUUGUGCUCCAGUGGCAGGUUAAUAAGAACUGGCAAUAAGAACUGAUAUCUUUAGUAUGGGCACAUCAGUAAUGCCAACGUUUACUUACCUGCAACAGCAUGCUGGGCAGGAUUUUGGAAGCUGCAGCAGAAGAAGAGUAUGGUAUCUAAUCUGCUAACAUGGUUUGAAUGUGCAGCUCCCACACUGUGCAUAAAGCACGUGAAAGAUAAAGGAGUAAAGUAUACCUGGCACACAAGUACCGUACAGCAUGUGGUAAUUACCUUCCUCAGCACUGUCAUACUGCAACAGGAAGAACUACCACGUGUUUGGUUUUUGUUUGUUUGUGUUUGGUUGGUUGUUCUUAAUGUACAGUCUUAAGGAUAUUUUCUUAGUGGGCAAGCAGGGUGCAGGCAAUAAAGAAAUACUGUCUUGCAAAUGUUUGUGUUGAGUUUUUUUCCAGGAGUUGCAAGAGAUUCAGCCUCACUUGAUUUAGUUGCCUGCUGCAGUGUGUAGUGUUCAGGAAGGGUUGAGAAGUGUAUUCCUGGUGGUGAUACGUAUAGGAGACUUGUAAAUAAUAAGCAAGGAGAGAGUAGAUGAGAAACCUUGUUUCCAGAGAAGCGCAGAAGCAAUUCAUUUGCUGUCUUAUUUUUUCUCUUUAAAACAGCCAGAGUCUGGAUGAUCAGGGAAGGCAAAGCAGGGGGAAUUAAAGAGAUGCUUCCCCAGAGUCUGGGGCCAAUGUACAGCUUUCAAACACAGUACAUUGUCUCCUUGUAUCUAUGCUUGUAGAACCAGACAUAUUUAAUAAUGCUCAUGCAUCCUGUUCACCAGAGUUAGGAAUUUCAUAGCUCUUAGACCUUGUACCCUAUGUUUAUUUUGAUAUGUCAGUGUCUUACAGAACUAUCUAUACAUAGCUCUGGCCACAGAAAUUAUUACUCAUUUCCCUUGCUAUAAACAAACAACACAGGAAGUAGUGAGCUAUAACUUUUUUUAGCAGGAACAGGGUGAACUUUUGUUUUGCCUAUGAUAAAGUGGCACAGAGGUUGCACUCUUGGACAGCAGUAAGCACUAGGAUGUGUUUUAUACUGGAUGGUGUGAUGGUGUUUUGUUGUUUUUCUGGACAGUAUUUACAUUUCCUAUUGGAAGACCUAGAUACUCACAACCGACAGAAGCAGAAGAGCCCUUGACUCUGUGAAUGCACUUCUUUGUAAUAACUAAAACAUCGGUGUGGUAUCACUGCUAUUUUCAUGAAAAAAGUCCAAAACACAGCACCAUACCAGCUACUAUGAAGACAAUUAAUGAGAUUCCAGCCAAAACCAAGACAGUGUGAGAAUUUCUCCUGUUGCUGAAUGGAGAUCCUGGGAGAAGCCACACUCAAGUGACUGUUGGAAACUCCAGUAUAAGGAAAAAGCAAAUAACAGGGAUAUCCUGAGGUGGUAUGAGAUAAUGGAUGAAAAACUGACUGCCUGAGAGCUUACUGCUGCACUGCAUUGGCUGCAGUCUCUUAGUGGACAGGUGACUUUUUGCACAUAAUCUAUAAAGCAUUUUGGAAAUGUAUCACAAGAAAAUACACUUCUUAUAGCCUCGAAGCCUAUCCUGGCACAUACAGUAGUGCAGCUGUGUAUACAUUCGGGCUAAGAGCAAAGAAGAAAAAAAACAGCUGCUCUGACAAGCCCCCACAGUCCCGUAAAGCUCUUGCACGCAGGCAAGGGGACCCUGCUUUGCCCUGCGUUUCACUCAUCUCUUUCAUGUUAAUAUGCUAAGGAUAAACAUAACAGGAUUAGCCUGACAGCAUCUCUUUGGCAGGCCAAAAUAGGGAUGAAGAAAGAGCAUUAAGCUGUGGUGCUAAGUUUAAAGCUUUCCCACGGGACAAAUGAAGAAAUCUCAAAAGGCCUUGGAUGUUUGUUUGUUUUUACCUAUGACUGUGAUAGGCGAGACAUGGGGGUAAAGCUCAGGGAAUGAUAAAUAGCAUUGCUAGAAAACCCGUACAAGUGAACAGAUGAGGAUCCUGAUUCCCUGCUGUUUUAACACUGUCACUUCUACUUGAACAUGUUGGAGACAUGACAGCAUCUUCCACUCAUCUCAAGUGCUGCAUUCUUGGGGCUGGAGGCUCAGUGGUGUUGACCCAGAGUGCGUGGAAAGAAACUGGGCAAUGCAGGACCCCACUUGCAAAGGCUCAUCAUCAAUCAGUGAUAAAGCACGUGCACCCAGCUUUUGGCUGUGGCUUUAUGGAGUGCCUUUGCUCUUUCCAGGCAAGCUUGUUCCUGAGGUACUGCUCAUAGGAAUUUCACAACUGCACAGUGGCUCACCAGUUGCCCUAGAGCCACUUUAUUCCAGCAGCUUAAACUCCAAGAGAUCCAUCCACAGACAUUUAAUCAGUCCCUUUGGGUCUCUCCUGGAUUAUUUUCUCUUCUAUUACCUUCUACUGUUCAUAUAUUUUCUCUCUUUUUACUGAUUAAUUACUUAGUCCAUAUAUAAAACAAAUACUUCAUGUCUGGGUAUAGAUGUAUCUUGGAACUCAUGCUAUGUACCUUUAAAUACUUUAUUUGAAAAUCUCUUGGCUCCAGUAGAUCCACUGUACUGCAGCUCAGCGCUUUGGUAGCUCGUUGAGCUGCUGUCAGUCUGCUCAUUACUUAUCUGCCUGUUAAUGAGCCAUGCUGAAAUUUCAGUUGGUGCAGCUACAAUAAUCUGGCUCCAGAUUCCUCGAGCCCCUGAGGCACACUUUAAACAUCUCAAGCCAAGCAGUUUAAUAUGGCCUGAUUCUGCAAACAGAAGAUUAGCUGCAUGCUUCUUUUGAAGUGAAUAGGCCACAGUAGAACUGGCCAGAUAAAAUUAGUUGUUUUUCGAGGUAAAGAUAUAUCUAAUUAAUCGUUUAUAGAGGUUGCAUUUGUGCAGUUCUGGGCAGAGGUGGUGGUGGUGGCUCCUAUAGGUGAGCACUGAAACAGCAAAGUGCUGCAGUGCAAAUCCCUGCAUGACGUGACCCUGCUACUGGACUCCUGCAUAUUCCUGAGGGACUGGAGGAAAAGGAGACACUGGUAUAGCUCACGUUUAUCUGCAGGUUUUCCUUUUUCUUGCCCUGCCCAGCUCUGUGUGAAGUGGGUUGUUGUCUGCUGGUUUUGGUCUAACACAGCCCCUGUUCUUUGAAUGUGUCCCUUCCCUCUGACUCACUGCAAACCGGAUGAUGGUGAACAUCAUCAGAACAAAAGUGCUGUGAAGUGAGUCUCUCCUAGCAGUCCAUACAGAACUUCUUAGGCUGUCCGUCUUUGUCUGUUGCCUUAAAAAGUGUGGUAUCAGUUGAAUAAUUGGUUUACUCACUGGA